CUGAGUUCGGGGUCGCGUCUUAGCUCUUGGGAAAGGCCUCAGGUGCCUGCGCCUCAGAUCCUGUCGCGCCGUCACCUUCACCGGGGCCUGUACUGGUCUCUGGGGCCGCGGGGAGGACGCUGGGACACCCGGGAGCCGGGGAAUGGUUUACUCUGAGCAGAAAAUGAGUGACAGAAACCCAAGAACCCUUGCACAGAUGCUCCGGAGGCGGUGGAUUACAGUCUGUUCGUACGCAUUUCAGCGAGAGAGGAAGUGCAGACACGCAUGAAUGGGUCAGAUGUGUUUUCUACUCAACGCCAGAGGGAGGAAGGAGAAUCUGUGGCAAGCACGGAGAUGAUGCAACCCUGAUUAUACAGCAAGUGGAAAGAGAGCAGGAUGGGUUUCAAACAGGACAGGGUCACAAACUCUCCUGUGUGUAUGGGGUGGGGCUGGGGUUUGCAGUUUAAGGUCAUGGCCCAGGGAUCCUUCCAUCUUGAAGAAAAAGACAGAUGGAAGUCCAACCUGAAGACUGUUAGGGGCUGUGAAAAUGAGUAAUUCAAAAUCUAAGCUCUUGGAACUCUAAAUAAUUAAUAUUUUGAAUCUUAAUUCAGUGGGAUUAGGGGGUCUGAGUCAGUGACUGACAGCUGUAACCUAGAGGAGGGCCCUAACCUUGGGUUCCCUGGUUAGAGAUUAGCCUUCUUCCUGCCUACAGUUUGGUAAAAUGCUGUAAAUGACUAAAGCCAGCCAGCCGAGACCAAUUCCCUGUUCACUGCUGAUCUUCAUUAUAGAUUAACUUCCCUCUUCUCUUCCUCAUACAAAGACUUGCAUUGUCUUAAAAUGGAAUGUUAAAUACACUCUUUUAAAUUGCAAAGGAAAUAAAACCAGCUUUAAAGAAAAGAAAAUAAGCAGCAGGGGAAAGAAAACAAACUGUAACUAAAUUGUUGUAACUUAUGCAGCAGCCUUACGUAGAAAAUGUCCCAAACCAGACCCGCCACACUUUGAACUUCACCCCGCGCCUGGACUCGCUCCUCCCCCCACACAUCCACUUCCAUCCCCCAAAACACACCUUCCUUCCUUCUGACCCCCUUAACCCCUGCUUUCUCAGUCCUGAGCACUGACCGCCGCCCCUGGCCGGUAUCAGCUCCCCAGCCCCGGCUCCACCCUGAGCUCGGGACUAACCGCGCAGCGGUCCGGGAGCCCCCACCUCCGCUCGCUCUAGUUUGGGAAGUAGGACAGGUUCUGCCGCUGGGCCCAGGUUGUCUCUGCGCCCCUCCCCACACCCCAAGCCGGCCCCACGGUGCCAGUGUGUCCCGCACGGGGUCUUUUAAUGCAGUUAAAUUAUCUUAAUAAUUUCCUUCUCUACUUUAUACACAAAUACAGGAAGAAAUCAGGGGCCCUGCUGGUGUCUUAUUCUAACACUGGGACUGCGGGUCUUUGUCUUGUUUCACUGAUCAGUGUUGGUGAGAAGCAGGUGAGCACCCUGCAGUGGGCAGCAGAGCCUGAGGCCAGGGGCUCCAAGCUGAGGCCAGUCUGGAGGCUGCAAAGGGAGGGACAUGGGGCUCCCCUCGGGCUCCCCGGGCAGCCUGCCCUCCCUGCCGGGGCCGCCUCCAUCUGCUCAAAAAAGUCACAGAAGGAGCGUGGAUUCUGAGAAUCUGGACAGCGCCUUGGCUGUGGCAUGCACAGAGUCGCUGCAGUCAGGCUGUAAUUUCUGUGUGUGGAGAAAAUCUGGGAAGGUCAGGUUCAAAGAAAGAACAGUUUGUUGGAGUGUCUCCUGGAGGAAGCGUUUAUGAAUUGGACAGUUUAUUUAGGUCAGAACCUUAAACUUACACAAGAUGAAAGUUUCCUGCUGGUGCAAAUGAAGGACUCGGAGCGUUUUCACACUGUGAGGAGGCGUUAGAGGGGUAUGUCCUGCUUUAUCCCACAUUCCCGACCCCUGGAGGACAUCAGGCCCUCUGUCCUGUUGCAGUGUGGCCUGGCCGGGUCUGGGCUCCCCUCCUGCUCUGAGGCAACCGGAUCGCUGCCCUGGACACCGAGUCUGGAAGUCCCUGCACACACGCGACGCGCUCCGGGAAGAAGAACAGGGACAGCCCCGUGAGACUCAGUGGCCUUUGAGGAUGUGGCUGUGAACUUCACCCUGGAGGAGUGGGCUUUGCUGGAUCCUUUCCAGAAGAAUCUCUACAGAGAUGUAAUGCAGGAAACCUUGAAGAACCUGGCCUCUGUAGGGACAAAAUGGAAAGACCAGAACAUUGAAGAUCAGUACAAAAAUCCCAGGAGAAAUCAAAGAAGUCUUAUGGGAGAGAGACACAUUGAAAGUCAACAAAGUAGUCAGUGUGGAGCAGCCUUCAGCCAGGUUCCAGAUCACAUCCUAAACAAGAAAACUCCUGGAGAAAAACCUUGUGAAAGGAGUGUGUGUGGAGAAGUCUCUGCUGGUGAUUCAUCUUUGAAUAUACGUAUCAGAGCCGACACUGGACACAAACCAUAUGAGUAUCAGGAAUAUAGAAAAAAGCCAUACACACGUAAGCAACGUGAGAAAGCCUUCAGUUAUCGCUACUCCUUUCGAACACGUGAGGGACCUCCCACUGGAGAGAAACCCUAUGAUUGUAAGAAAUGUGGACAAACCUUCGUUUCUCUCAUAGACUUUCGAAGACACAUGGUAAAGCAUAGUGGAGAUGGACCUCAUAAAUGUAAGUUUUGUGGAAAACACUUUGCUUCUCUCAGUUUAUAUCUCAUACAUGAAAUAAUUCACACUGGAGAGAAACCAUAUAAAUGUAAACAAUGUGGCAAAGCUUUUGGUUGGUACAGUUCUGUUCGAGCACAUGAAAGAACUCAUACUGGAGAGAAGCCCUAUCAAUGUAAGGAAUGUGGGAAAAAAUUCAUUCAUUACAGUUCCUUUCAUCGACAUGAGAGGAUUCACACAGGACAGAAGCCGUAUGAAUGUAAGGAAUGUGGGAAAGCAUUCAACUGUCCUAGUUCCCUUCGGAGUCAUGAAAUGACUCACACUGGAGAAAAACCCUAUGAAUGCAAGGAAUGUGGGAAAGCAUUUACUCAUCGUGUAAGCUUUGAAUGUCACAUAAGAAUACACACUGGAGAUAGACCUUAUAAAUGUCAGAUAUGUGGGAAAGCCUUUUAUUCUCUCCGAUCAUUACAAAAGCAUGACAAAAGUCAUACUGGAGAGAAACCCUAUGAAUGCAAGCAAUGUGGGAAAGCCUUCAGUUGUUCCACUUCCUUUCGGAUACAUGAAAGGACACACACUGGAGAGAAACCCUAUGAGUGUAAGCACUGUGGUAAAGCCUUCAGCUGUUCCAAGUAUAUUCGAAUACAUGAAAGAAUGCACACUGGAGAGAAACCCUAUGAAUGUCAGCAGUGUGGGAAAGCAUUCCAUUAUGUCAGUUCCUUUCGUAGACAUGAAAGGUCUCACACUGAAGGGAAACCCUAUAAAUGUAAGUAUUGUGAUAAAGCCUUUACAUCUUCAACGAACUUUCGAGUACAUGAAAUAAUUCAUACUAGAGAGAAACCUUAUGAAUGUAAGGAAUGUGGAAAAACCUUCGUUCAUUCCAGUUCCUGUCAAAAACAUGAAAGAACUCAUACUAUUAAUAUAUGAGAAAAUCCAAUUAACGUAAGGAAUUAGGAAAACAUUCAGUUGUCCCAGUUCCUUUCUUUGUUUGAGACAGAAUCUUGCUUUCUUGCCCUGUGUAGAGUGCAGUAGCAUCAAUCAUAGCUCACUGCAGCCUCAAAUCCUAGGCUCAAGCAGUCCUCUUGCCUCAUCCUCCCAAGUAUUUGGGACUAUACGAGCACACCAUGACACUUGGUUAAUUUUUCUGUUUUUUAUAGAGAUGGGGGUCCCGUUCUUACUCAGGCUGGUCUCAAACUACGGAGCUCAAGCAAUCCUCCCACCUUGGCCUCCCAGAGUGCUAGGAUUACAGGAGUGAGCCACUAUUCCCAGCUGUCCCAGUUCCUUUCAAGCACAGCACAGGAGUGGAGAAAGACCUCAUGACUUACUUUACUUUUCAGUUGGGAAGAGAUCUGUGAUAGGACAAUAAAAUCUAGAGAUGGAGUUGAAUGAUUGAUUCCAUGAUACACUUCGACAAUACCUAAUCUUACAUGAGGAAGGCAUUAAUCACAUUUUAGUCACCAUACUGGGUGACAGGUUAAUACAGGUUGUGUGGACACUUGCUUACAGCCCAUUUUCUUGAUUCCUUGCCUUGGCAAUCAAGUAUCUUCAAAAUCCCUUAAGUUUUAUUUGUUCAGAGGUGUAGGUUUCCAGAGAUGUCCCCAGAAACUCAUGUUAAAGACUUAUCUGUCGUAAAAAAAAAA